GGGUUACAGAGGCAGAGAAAAGAUAGUCUUGAAAAAAAUGGGAGGCUGGGCAAUUGCAGUGCACGGUGGCACUGGAGCCGACCCAAAUCUCCCCAAGGAAAGACAAGAGGAGGCUAAAAGACUCCUCAAACGUUGCCUUGAUAUUGGCAUCUCUGUUCUCCGCUCUAACCUCCCCGCCAUUGACGUCGUUGAACUCGUUGUGAGAGAAUUGGAAAGCGAUCCUUUGUUUAACUCCGGCCGUGGAUAUGCCCUUACAGAGAAUGGAACGGUGGAAAUGGAGGCCAGCAUUAUGGACGGCCCGAAGAGGCGAUGCGGCGCCGUUUCCGGCUUAACAACAGUUAAGAACCCAAUUUUCCUCGCCCGACUUGUCAUGGAAAAAUCACCACAUUCGUAUCUGGGCUUUUCGGGUGUAGAAGAGUUUGCCAAGAAACAGGGCGUGGAGAUGCUGGACAAUGAAUACUUCAUUACCGAAGAUAAUGUUGGGAUACUUAAGUUGGCAAAAGAGGCGAACUCAAUCCUGUUUGAUUAUCGGAUCCCGACGAUUGGAACCUGCAGUGCUGGUGCCGCCAUGGACAGUCUUUUGUAGAUGAACGGACUGUAAAGUCAAAGUGGGCGGCUGGCAAGGGAAUUCAAUGAGGCGGCAGACAAAUGGGGCUGUUAAUUUUGUCAAAGUUAGACAGCUCUUUUUUCUUGAAUUUAAGCAAUGAUUAAUUACAUUUUAAUUAUGGCACUUU